AUGCAGUCACUUACAUUGAAUCCAACUCCGCGAGUAGAAGGGGUUGUGCAGCUCCCCGGUUCCAAAAGCCUGUCCAACCGAUUGCUUCUGCUUUCAUCCCUGGCCCAAGGCCGAACUGAAGUGAAUAACCUUCUUGAAAGCGACGACACCGGAUACAUGACUGCGGCCCUUGAGUCCCUGGGAGUUAGCCUGACUUUCGCUAACAACGGAAAGAGGUGCCUUGUGGAGAGCAAUGGCGGGCCAUUUGCGGUCCAGCAAGCCGACCUUUUCCUGGGGAAUGCUGGUACAGCUAUUCGACCUUUGUGUGCAGCCCUUUGCGUCGGGGAGGGAGAGUACACACUUACCGGGGAACCCCGAAUGUUGGAGCGUCCCAUUGCCCACCUCGUGGACGCCUUGAGCCAGUUGGGGGCGGUCAUAGAGUACGAAGGUGUGGAAGGAUAUCCCCCUUUGAGAAUAAAGGCCGCCGGGCUUCGUGGGAGGAGGGUUUCCAUCCGGGGGAAUGUUUCCAGCCAGUACCUUACGGCAUUGCUGCUGGCAUCCCCCUUGGCAGAGGACGAACUCGAGAUUCAGAUAAUUGGUAACUUGGUUUCCAAGCCCUACAUCGACAUGACCAUAGACGUGAUGCGCCGCUUCGGAGUAACGGUGGAAAACGAGGAUUACCAGGCCUUUCGGGUGGCUGGCGGACAGGUCUACCAAUCACCGGGCACGGCACUGGUAGAAGGCGACGCAUCCUCAGCCAGCUACUUUCUUUCCGCUGCCGCAAUCCGUGGCGGGACGGUACGGGUCAACGGCGUCGGGGCUGAUAGCGUCCAGGGAACGUCAAGCACGCCGACGUCCUGGAGCAGAUGGGAGCGGUGGUCCGUCGCGGGACAGACUUCAUCGAAAUUUCCAGGGGAGAUUUGCGCGGUCUUGAACUUGACCUGA